AUGGCUAGACCUGAAGAGAGGGGUGGCAGAGGUGCUGGUGGCAGUGGAGAAGCCCAAGCACAAGGCCAAGCCCGUGAUUCAGCCGUGGGGCCCGUGCAACCUACUAUUGGACCUUCUAGGGAUGAACCAAGAGUGUUCGGGCUUGACAAGUUCAACGGUGACAACUUUGCUGAAUGGUCCUUCAGAAUGGAGAAUGUGUUUGAUCACUAUGACCUGCUGGAGGUGAUGGAAGGAACGGAGGAGCGUCUCGAGAACGACCUGGAGAAGAGCCCGUGGGUGCGGAAGAGCGCACAAGGCUAUCUCCUACUUGGGCAAGCGUUGGGGAGCAGCCAAAUCCGUCACAUCAAGUCAUUCCAACGUGAACCAGAGAAGGGACCAAAGGCAUGGGCUGCUCUCAAGGGUGUACACGCUCCUGCAACAGCGGCGGUAGCUGUGGUGUUGGAACGGCAAAUGGUGACACUACGAAUUGAAGAAGAUGAAGCGGUUGAAGAAGGGGUGCAGAAAUUCUUCGACUUGUUGACGCGACUUGAAGGAGCAGAUUUGAACUACAGUGAGCUCCAGAAGAAGACCACGUUGCUGGCCCUACUCCCGGAAUCAUGGUCCUCGCUCAUCAUCAACUUGAACCGUGAUCCGCCCCGUCUCUCGCUUGAAGAUGUGAAGCGCGCGAUCCUUCAAGAGGACUUCCGCCGCCGUGAGUUGGUGAGUGCGGAUGGCGCUGGGGCAGCGAGCGUCGGCCAUGGAUAUGGCCAGGAGGGUAGAGGAGCAGGAGGAGGGAGAGGAAGAGGCCGUGGAGGCCGUGGCGGUCGCGGAGGUGGUGCUGCAAACAUGAAGAGUGGAGAUAAAGAUGAGGACUCAGGCAGCGAUCGGUACUCGGGUCGAAUCUACUUUGUGUCAAUGCAAGUACCGGCUGCACCAGGGAAGGAUGAAGACUUUGAAGAGCCUGCAGCUGUGGGAAAGGUCACCCUACACCCCCUGGACUAUUGGCGAGCAGAGGUGAAAGGCAUGGGCAAGGCCAUGUUCAAGGGUGCUGAUGGGAAGAUGGUGGGCCUCAAGAACGUGCUUUGGGUGCCCAGCCUUGCUGCGAACCUGAUUUCCGUGCGGCAAUUGGCAAAGGCCCGCAUGGACACGAACUCGAAGGGAGCCAAGACUUACACCGCGAGGCUUGGCGAGCGGAUUCUAUUGGACCUUCACGAGGAUAGGGAUGUCUGCAAUGAGAUGUGGCAGAUCCCUGUGGUCCCCAUGCCUAAGGAGAGGCAAGUGGCAGCAAGCGUCGGCACCAAGUGUGAAGCGGUUGUUAGUGGUGAUGGCGCGAACGGUCGCGCUAAGGAGAACGAGUCCAAGAAGAGUAAUCUUGGAGGGACCAGCAAGCUCGGUGAUCAUACCAAGUGUGGUGCAGCAGCCAAGGAGAAGCACAAGGGUGAGGAGAACCCCGAGGCAGCAGCGGAGGAGGAGUACGGAGAGAGCAUGUGGGGCGCUAUUGCGAGUGCGGCAUUCUCCAAUCCGACUUCGGCUACGGGGGAGUGUGACUGGCUUACCUUGCAUCGGCGAAUGGGGCAUGUGGCCCUGCCCAUCUUGCAGCAGCUAGUGAAGAACCAGAUGGUUGCUGCCAUACGUGUGAAGGGGGAGCCCGAUGAGGUACUUGGCUGCCCAACGUGCAUGCAAGCCAAGUUCACCCGUUUCCCAUUCUCUAGUUCGGAGGCAACGGCUAAGGCACCACUUGAUGAGGUGGUGAUGGACGUGGUGGGCCCCCUGAAGCUUGGAGCUGCUGGAGAAGAGUAUUUCCUCACCAUUGUGGAUGUCUACACCCGCAUGACUUGGGUGUACGUGCUGUCCAAGAAGAGCGACGUAGCUGAAAUGGUGAAGACCGAUUGGUUGCCAAUGGUGGAGCGGCAACAAGACCGGCUUGUGAAGUCGAUCCGCACCGAUCGUGAGGGAGAGAUCUUGAGCAAGCAGUUCGGGUUGUGGCUGAAGAAGAAUGGGAUAAGGCACUCCCUCACCAUGCCAGACUCCCCUGCAAUGAACGGCAUUGCCGAGCGAGCUAACCGGACAAUCACGAAGACGGCACGUGGGUUGCUCAUUGAAGCCGGGCUACCCGACAAUUUCUGGCCUGAUGCGGUGCGGAGUGCGUACAUGGCCAAGAACAGAGCCUUGACUCAUGUGGGAGCAGAUAAAUGGGUGCCCUAUGUGGAGUGGAUUGGAAGGAAGCCAAAGGUGGAUAUGCUUCGGGUGUUCGGGUGCAUGUGCAUGGUGCUCGUACCUAAGCAACGUCGGCACAACAAGCUUGGUGCCAAGGCGAUAUGGGCUGUGCAUUUGGGCAUGGCUCAAAACAGCAAGGGGUGGCUUCGUUGGGACCCAUUCACCAAGAAUUUCAUGGUGAGCAGGGACUGCAAGUUCAUGGAGAACUUCAUGUACAAGGAUUGGAAGGCGGAGAAUGAGGCGAAGAUAGGCGUGCGGUUUGGGGAGGUGAAGAGCUCCGGCUUGGAGCAUGUGGAGCUGCCUUUGGAGCUGAGCAGCGGCAGCACCACCACAAGGCAAUCCUCCCUUGUGAAUGGGGGAGAGGAGGCCAAGGAUGCAGAGGAAGAAGAGGAGGAGGUGCAGCAAAUGCCGGGAGAACCAGCUACUCUCAAGGAGGCCUUGGAGAGUAGUGAUGCUGAGGAGUGGAAGAAGGCAAUGGAGAGUGAGCUGAAAAGUAUUGAGGAGAAUGACACAUUUGAAUUGGUGGAGCUACCGGAGGGACGUAAGGCGAUAACGUCCAAGUGGCUCUUCAAGAUUAAGUCGGACGCCGACGGCAAGAUCGAGCGCUACAAGUCUAGGCUUGUAGCCAAGGGGUACCAGCAGAAGGAGAAGGUAGAUUUCAAGGAGCUGUUUGCCCCUGUGGUGAAGCCGACGACGCUGCGAACCCUAUUCGCGGGAGCCGCCAUCAAAGGAUGGGUGGUGAAGCAGAUGGACAUUGUAACGGCAUUCCUUAACGGCAUCCUUGAGAAGGAGAUUUUUAUGGCGCAGCCAGAGGGGUUUGAUGAUGUGUUGGAGGAGAUCGGCUUCAGUCCCUCAACGGCCGACCACUCCUUGUUCAUGCUUGGCGAGGGGGAGCAGAGGAGCUUCAUGGUGGUUUAUGUGGAUGACAUUCUCAUCUUCUCACGCUCCUCUGACCUUGUGAAGGAGGUGAUGCUGAAGCUGCAAGACAAUUUCAAGUGCAAGUCCCUUGGUGACGUGAACUUCUACCUUGGGCUCCACAUCGAACGAGACGUGGAGAAGCGGAGCAUGCGAGUGCACCAACGGAAGUACCUGGAGGCGUUGGCUGCCAACUUUGGCCUGAGUGAAGGUCAUGUGGCCACUCUCUUUCCUUCUGGGUUCAAUUGUGUGAAGGGACCAGAGGAGGAGAGCGUUGGUGAAGAGGAGAGGCGCCGUUUUCACUCGUUGGUGGGCAGCCUCAUAUAUGCGGCGGUGAACACUCGGCCGGACGUUGCCUUUGCUACCGGGCAGCUAGCUAGGGUUGUGCAAUGCCCUAAUGAGGAGCAGGUAGUGGCUGGAAUGAGGGUGGCCAAGUAUCUUGGCCAAACACCUACCGUUGGGCUGCAAUACUCGGCGGCGGCGCAAAGGCGCCAAAAGGGCGCAGAUGGAGUUGAACCUGGACGUUUGUUCCUCACCGCCUACUCGGAUGCUUCAUAUGCAUCGGAACCAGAGGACACGACAAGUGUUGGAGGGUUCAUUUGCUGUGUUGGUGGAGGCUCAACUGUUUGGGAAAGCAAGAAGCAAGUGGACCAUGCAAUAAGCUCGGUGGAGUCCGAGUACAUGGCACUCUUCCGUGCGGUACGGGAGAUUGUGUGGCAGCGGCGUUUGUUGGCUGAAUUGGGGGAGGAGCAGAAAGAACCUACCCCACUCUACUGUGACAGCCAGGGUGCUAUUUCUCUGGCUAAGAAUCCUGUGUUGCACAGCCUCACCAAGCACAUGAGGAUGAAGUGGUAUUGGACGAGGAGCAUGGUGGCCGCGGGUAAGGUUGAGUUGCACUAUGUGAAGAAGAUGGGGCAGCCAGCUGAUAUGAUGACCAAGAGGCUGGAGGAGCAGCAGCAUUGGAAGGGUUGCAAGCUGGCUGGGAUGGCUCUGAACUGA